AUGGGCGUAAGAGUGAACUCACAGGAGUUCGCACCUACGUGUGAAUUGUUUCCAUUGAUUGUAAUCCCGGCAUGUCUACUGGUGGUGGCGGAAUCAAGGCGGGUGCAGAUCCGUCCUCGCAUCGCGGAGCCUCAGGUGUACUACGAAGAGGAUGAGGGCAGUCAAGCGGCGGAGGACGACUACGCCACUGCGGUGUACCAGCCCAGGACGAGGGCACUGCCGUCACCGCGUUCCAAGGACACUCUACAGAGCGCGAAGCCGCCUCCGGUCCAGACGAUCCGUAACUACAACAAAGUCAACGACGACGGGUCCUUCACUUUCGGCUACGAGGCCGCGGACGGUUCCUUCAAGGAAGAGACCCGUGGCACGGACUGCGUGGUCCGCGGGAAGUACGGUUACGUAGACCCCGACGGCAACAAGAGGGAGUUCACCUACGUCUCUGGCAACCCUUGCGAUCCCAACGCCCCGAAGGACGACGACGACGAUGAUCUCCCACAGAAGCAGGAAGACGACGACGAAGUCGCGGGACCGGCCAAUUAUCCAGCGGUACGACCUGUCCCUCGACCGUCUCGACCCAACUACCCAACCACGACUGCCAGAGCACCGACCACCAUCUUCCAGACCCAGUACCAACUGGACGACGAUGCCAGUCAAGAACUGGAAGACGCGAAGCCCCAGCUGCGGCCCACGCCCAGCGCUUUCCGGCGACCUCAACAGCCCUCCUACCUUCAGGUCUCGGCGGCACCUUCUUCGGCCCUGUACCAACCCGCUUCAACGCCGAACCCGUCGCACUAUAGACUCUCUUCGGCCGCCACCUCCCAAUACGAAUCGCCCACCACGCCGUCGACCCUGCGCCACGCUCAGCCUACCCUGUCCUCUACGGUGUACCGGCCCGUGGAGACCAGCACCCCGCGCGUGGUCCAACGAGCCCGACCCCAAUCCGUAGCCAUAACUCCACGGCCCCACGUAGCCCAGGUAGCCGCUCAGUACGUUUCUCCGAGUAGCACCGAGAGACCCGGCGUGGUCUUCGUACCCCGAGUGACCACAUCUCCCAGCGUACACCGCACCACCGCCGCGAGUACACCCCAGCUCGACUUCGCCGCCGAGCUGGAGCGGUACGUCAACACCGUGGCAGUCUCACCCCGUCCCGGAGCCACCCCCGGAGUUCCGAGAGUUAAGGCCGCCCCUGCCUCAGACCCCAUCUACCAAUCCGAGCUCGUGCUCGACCCCGCCACCGCCCAGCAACAGUCCUUGUUAGGCCUGCAGCAGUUGCAACACCACCAGCGAACUCAACAGCCUCUGCAGUCGUCGCUCUACAGACAGCCGGCCCCAGCUCAGUCUUCGCCCGCCUCCUCGGUAGCUCCCCAGCCCCAACAGACUAUUUUCCGUCAGCAGCAGGCUGAGCUGUUGCAGCAGUCCCAGCAGCUGUACGCCCAGCAGCAGCGCCGUCAGCAGCAGCAGCAUCAGCAACAGCCGCAACAGCAGCAGCCGCAACAGCAACAGCAGCAGCCGCAACAGCAGCAGCCGCACAGGUUUCAACUGCUCGAUCCCCAGAGAGACGCCCAGUCCUUCUACUACGUCCAAGCACCGCAGUCGACUUCCGGCUCCAACUCACCCCUGUCUGCUGCGCAAAUCGACCAGUUCCUUCGCGGUGCCGCCGGUAGCUUCUGAUUGCCAGAA